AUGACAGACGCUCCCCCUCGAGCCUAUCGAGCAGGUUUAGGUCUUCCCCAAGCGGUAAUCAUCAGAUCAAACCCUGGUCCUUCUCGUCCCCUCCACAUCUUCACGGAAGGGAACUCAUCAGCAGAGUCAGAGGAAGGGGAAGAAGCGAUCCGUAAUGCAUAUAGAGGAGUAAUACCAAAAGAGACUACAUGGAAAGAAUGGAAUGUAAAUCCAACAUCCCACGGUCCAGCCAAAUUGGUCCUUCCACCUAAAUUCGUCAUUUCCUCUACGCAGUAUGAUGAAUUGGGAAGGUCAUCAAAUGAUGGAGUAGAUGUAUUGGUGGAUAAAGGGAAGGCUCGAGAUGAAGGAGAGAAGAAAGAGAGUGGGAGGGAUGUAGCGGAUUGGUACAUGAGUUUAGCGAAAAGUAGAAGUGGAAGUGGGACACCUGUAAAUGGAAUAUCUGCCAAUACAGAUACAAAUACGAAUAUGGCUCUGGAAGUCAAAACCAUCAUACAAGAUCCCUCGUUCCAAUCGGUUUCUUCAACAUCCGCUUCCAUUCCAGCCACUGCCUCUUCUUCAUCGUCAACAUUACCAAGCUCAAACUUUCAGAAACCCCUCCGAGUCCAUUCAAGAGAUUGGUUCAUCCGUCGAGCCCUACUUCAUUCCUCAUCGUCCACCCCUGAACCACCGUCGCGUACCACUUCGAUAGGUAGUUUGUUGAAUAUCGACUCAUCCGCGCCGGUGAAAAGACAUUACGAACCUCAGUAUGUGCUUGGACCGGAGAAUAAGGGGUAUGAGAUAUUGAAAGAUCGUUUGGGAUGGCAUGGAGGUGGGUUGGGUAAACCUGAUGGGUGGGAAGCCAGUCAAAAACAACCUCUAGAGUCAGGAUCAUCUGCAUCUGGGUCUUCAGCAGCAGUGUAUAAGAAGGGAAAGGGUAAAGAGGUUUUAGAGAUAGAUGAUAAUGGUCAACCCAUCAUUGAUCUCACUUUAUCCUCCGAUGAAGAUUCUGAUGAUUCCGAAGAAGAAGAAGAAAAGAAAUAUGGACCGGGUCGAACGGCACCUAUACCCACAAUGUUGAAAUUGGAUCGUAAAGGAUUAGGACACACGCAUAAUUCGAGAAAUAAGAAUAUCGAAUCGUUAGCUAAGAAAGUGACUCAUAGUCAUAAAGAGAUUGAAGAUGCCCGGAGGAGAUCACAAUAUGGUAGAGGGAAGGGGCAUGGAAAAGGUCUGGAGUUGGGACAGAAAGGGAAAGUAAAGUGGAAAGAAAGAGAUAAGAAGGAUAGAGAUGAGAGGAAAGCUAUCAAAGCUGCGUUGGGUUGA